UUUUAAUAAGAAAAGAAGAAUAUAUCAGUGGCGACAGGAUGGUUGACGAAUACCAGCAAUUGGCCCAAGGGGCUCGUGCAGCAGAUGGAAGAAUGAGGGGGCUGGAAGCGCCCCAAAAUAGGGUGAACGUAACGCCGGCCAUGGCGUUUCCGACGGAUAUGGAAUUUUUUGACCCAGCAAAAGGCACAUGGUCAAGGUUUGUGGCAAGGAUGGAGGAUACUUUCGAGGGAUUUAAUGUCACUGAAGAACCAAAGAAGAAGAGCUUGUUGAUUCACUACAUGAGUUUCGCAGCAUACAAUCAACUUUGCGACAGGAUCCUUCCACGUGUUCCAAGAGAUUUGACGUACAAAGAGAUUUGCGAUGAAAUGCGGGAAUGUCUCGACCCGGAACCUCUGGAAAUUGUGGAGAUUUUUAAAUUUCAAACGAGGAAGCAAAAAGAAGGAGAAAGCUGCGAAGAAUUUUUGGCAGCUUUGAGGAAACUUUCAACGCACUGCAAAUUCGGCGAAAAUUUGAAGAAGUCACUGAGGAACCAGUUCGUUGUGGGACUUCGAAACAAUGCAAUUCAACGUCGCCUUCUGGAGAAGAGAGAUCUAACUCUAGAGAUAGCAUUGGACACUGCCAAGGCAAUGGAAAUUUCUGAGAAGGGAGAGGAAACUAUCGCAAAGAAUCCGAAGGAAGCAGGAGAGGUUUUGAAGAUAGAGGACAGAAACAACAGCAACCGUCCAUCCCAGCAACAAGGCAAUGCGGUAGAGGAAGCAAGAGGGGCCAGGAAGAAAUGCUUCAGGUGCGGAGUGAGUACACAUCUUGCAAAUGAUUGUAAUCAUAAAGAUAAGACUUGUUUCACUUGUAAUAAGAAAGGGCACUUGUCUAAAGUUUGUAUGGGAAAAGGGGAGGAAAAGAAGAAGGAUGUAGGAGAGAAGGAAAAAGAGAAAUUGAAUAAAGUGGAAGAUUUGUUGUAUGCGGAGAGUAAGUCAGUGGAGAAGAUAAUGCUAAAUGUAAAAGUAGAGGGAAAAGAUUUGGCUUUUGAGGUAGAUAGUGGUUCCCCCAUCUCUGUAAUUAGCAUGAAUUGCAGAGAUAAAAUGUUCCCUCGUUCAAAAAUUUUCGCGACUGUGAGAAAAUUUGUUGGAUUUAAUGGCACAAAGAUUAAUAUUGUGGGAUUCCUGAAGGUAUCAGUCAGGGUAAAAGAGUAUGAACUCCACGGCUUGAAUCUCUAUGUGGCGGAGGAAUCCUCAAAAAUUCCUUUGAUGGGCAGGGAAUGGGCUCGGAAAAUGCACUGGUUGGAUUGGAAUGAGAUCAUAACAGUAAAUAAAAUUCAAGAGGAUGAAAGGAAGGCGGAGAAAGAGAUGGAGUUAGCGAUAGGAAAAUUGAAGAAAACUUAUAGCAAGGUUUUUGAGAAUUCAUUGGGCAAAGUAGAAGGAUGCAAGGCAGAAUUGAAGCUAAAGGAUGAUGCACAACCAGUUUUCCUAAGACCGAGGCGAAUUCCAUUGGCUAAGAAGCAAGCAAUUGAGGAUGAAAUAGAGAAGCAAGUGAAGAAUGGAGCUUAUGUGAAAGUCAAUCAGAGUAGAUGGGCUACCCCAGUUGUAGCUAUCCCUAAGGCAGCAGGAAAUGUGAGACUCUGUGGAGACUAUAGCGUUACGUUGAAUCCGAAUUUGAUUGUGGAUAAGCAUCCUCUUCCAACAGUAGAAGAACUUUUCGCAGACAUGGCAGGAGGAGAUAAGUUUUCCAAGCUGGAUCUAUCCCAGGCAUACAUGCAGUUGGAAGUCCGAGAAGAAGAUAGGGAGCUUUUGACAAUAAAUACUCACAAGGGGCUGUAUCAACCAACUCGACUGAUGUACGGAGUGGCGUCAGCAGUGGCAAUUUGGCAACGAAUUAUGGAAUCUAUGCUACAAGAUAUUCCUGGCGUGAAAGUAUUCUUGGAUGAUAUAAGAAUAACGGGAAAGAAUAAUGCGGAACAUUUGGAGAGGCUGACAGAGGUUUUGAAGAGACUGCAAGCGAGGAAUAUGCGAGUGAACUUUGAGAAAUGUGAAUUUUUCGCAAGCAAGAUCAGCUAUUGUGGGUACGUCAUCGAUAGAAAUGGUAUCCAUAAGGACCCGACGAAGAUUGAAGCCCUCAUGAACAUGCCACGCCCUAAGAAUAAAGACGAAGUAAGGGCAUACAAUGGGUUUGUACAGUAUUAUGGGAGAUUUUUUCCAAAUCUCAGCACAAUAAUAAGUCCGAUUACUAAUCUGCUCAGGGAUGAGGUUAAUUUUGAAUGGGACAAAACGUGUGAAGAUGCAUUCAAGGCAAUUAAACAGGAAAUGAGUAAGGAUACCUUUUUGGCACAUUAUGACCCGAAUGAGACAUUGGUUCUUGCAGUGGAUGCAAGCCCUGUGGGGGUCGGAGCCUGCCUAAGCCAUAGGUACGAAGAUAAAUCAGAACGGCCACUAUUUUAUGCAUCACAGUCACUAACGGAUACUCAGAGGAAAUAUGCCCAGCAUGACAAGGAAGCAUACGCCAUAAUUUUUGGAGUAAAGAAAUUCUUCACGUACUUGUACGGAAAGAAAUUCGUGCUUAUCACAGAUAAUAAAGCACUGUCCCAAAUAAUGAAUCCUGAAAAAGGAAUUCCAGUAUACACAGCAUUGAGGAUGCAACACUAUUCGGUGUUUUUGAAAGGAUUUGACUACACAGUUGAGCAUCGCACUUCAGAAUUUCACGGGAAUGCAGAUGGAUUGUCAAGGUUGCCUCUACCGACCACUUCAGAAUACGAAACAGAUGACCCAGAAGUAGCACAAAUUAACCUAAUGGACAGCCUUCCAGUGAUGAGGAACGACAUUCGACAGGAGUUGGCUAACGACAUUGAAGUAGCAAAACUGAUCAAAGGAUUGCGUACAGGAGUAAAGAUUAGAAAAGAGGAUCGGUUUGGAAUUGAUCAGGAAGAAUUUUCGCUGAAGAACGACUGUCUAGUGAGAGGAUUGAGAACGUAUAUUCCAGGAAGAUUCAGAAAAACAAUACUGCAAGAGCUACAUGAAGGACAUGUAGGAAUUACGAAAAUGAAACAACUGGCAAGAGCAUACUGUUGGUGGCCAUCUCUGGAUAAAAACAUUGAAGAAUUAGUGCAGAACUGCACACCUUGCCAAGAAAACCGUUCAAAUCCACCAAAAGUACCUGUUCAUGCAUGGGAAGAGCCGAACAAACCUUUUGAACGCAUUCAUGUAGAUUAUGCGGGACCGAUACACGGUAAGUGGUUGCUUAUCGUAGUUGACAGUUACUCAAAAUGGCCAGAGGUAGCUGUGGUGACGGAUACGACAUCUGGGAAUACGAUUAAAGAAUUGCGGAAAAUUUUUGCCACCCAUGGCCUACCUGAACAGUUGGUUACGGAUCAAGGACGUCAGUUUAUCAGUCAGGAAUUCGAAGAAUUUUGUAAGAGAAAUGGGAUCGAUCAUAAAAUGGGAGCGCCAUAUCACCCAGCUACUAAUGGACAAGCAGAACGCUAUGUGAGGACUAUUAAAGAGAAGCUCAUGAUGCUGAAGGAUGUCAGUCAAGAAGAUGUGGAACUAAAGUUGUCUUCGAUACUCCUUAACUACAGACGAACCCCCCAUAGCACGUCGGGAAUAUCGCCAAGUGAGAAACUCUUCGGUAGAAAAAUUCGUUCAAGGUUGGAUUUCAUUUUGCCGGGGGAGGAGAGCGUGAGGAAGGAGAUUAAAUACAAGGAAAAAGCUGGAGUUCGAAAGUUGAACGUAGGGGACCGAGUGGCAGCUAGAAACUACAGACAAGGAGGAAAGAAGUGGAGUUUUGGGACAAUAUCACAAAAGCUGGGUAGUCUUCACUACAUGAUAAAAAUGGAUCAAGGAAAAAUCUGGAAGAGACACAUAGAUCAGCUGCGACGUGUCGGAGAAAAAGUAGGUUUGGGCAGUGUUGAAGUGGAUGAGUACUGGGAGAUCUCUGAACAUGAAGACAGUGCACGGGAAAGGUCCACCCCUGAGUUCCCUAUUAAUAAUGAAAAUGAAGAGGAUAGGUUCGAGGAUGCCUUGGAGGAAGUUCCUCAACCAAAGGACGAUCUUGCCCUGGAGGUUUAUAUUAAACCACCAGAAAUACCGGAGGGAAGACCUAAACGUAAUAGAAGACCCCCUGAUCGUUUGAACAUCUAA